GGCCGCGGGCCGGGCAUGGAGCGGUGGGUCGGGGCCGCCGGGGGCUGGGAUUCGCUGUGGGGAGCCGGCUGGGGCCGAUGGCCGUGCUGGGAGCUCCUGGCCGCCUGCGCCGUCAUUGGCGCCGUGGGCUGGCUGCUGCGGCUGUGGGACAGGAGGCCGGGCGGCCGCCGGGCGGCGGCGGCGGCGGCGGCGGCGGCCGCCAUCUCCUCCCCGACCCCCAUGGCGUCCCCGGCUCCCCGCUCCGGCCCGGCGCCGCUCGCCGCGGGGAGCCAGCGCUGCAGCGGGAGCCGCCCAGGUGAGAUAACAAUGGAUACAAUAUUAUCCCGAUUAAAGAAGCUCAGCCACGAUGAGCUUAGAGAAGAGAUUGUGAGAGCAGGACUGAAAUGUGGGCCCAUUACUGCAACUACGAGGUUUAUUUUUGAAAAAAAAUUGGCUCAGGCACUAUUGGAGCAGCAAGGAGCAUUGGAGGAGGAAGGGUCUGCUCUGUCCGAGGAGGCUGCUGGAAAUGUCCCAGUGAAUCACAACAGCCAUGGAAGUGCUGCUGAGGAGGCAGACUUUGGGUACUGUGUGGGUCUGAACCCUCCAGAAGAAGAUGCUGUGACACACAUAAACUGUUCAGCUCCUGCCUGUGGUGCUGAUUCACAGAUCACUGCUCAGACACCGUCCAGAGAUCCUCCCCUGUUCUAUGGUGUUUGCCCAGUUUAUGACGACAUAUUGGCAAGGAAUGAGAGAAUACACGUUUAUGAAGAUAGGAAGGAAGCUCUCCAGGCUGUUAAGAUGAUUAAGGGUUCCCGUUUUAAAGCUUUUACAAACAGAGAGGAUGCUGAGAAAUUUGCUAAAGGAAUUUGUGAUUAUUUCCCAUCUCCAGGCAAGUCCUCUUUAUGUUUGUCUCCAGUGAAAAUGGGAUCAUUUAACAGAGAUGGUUUAUGCUCUCCUGAGAGUGAGACUGCGAAUAAGGAGAGAGCCAACAGCUACAAAAGUCCACGGACUCAAGACCUCACAGCGAAGCUUCGGAAAGCUGUUGAGAAAGGAGACACAGCAACGUUUUCAGAGCUUAUUUGGAGUAACCCUCGUUACCUGAUCGGGUCAGGAGACAACCCAACAAUUGUACAGGAAGGGUGUAGGUACAAUGUCAUGCAUGUUGCUGCCAAGGAGAAUCAGCCUGCUAUCUGCCAGUUAUUGCUGGACACUCUGGAAAAUCCAGAAUUUAUGCGGCUGAUGUACCCAGAUGACAACGAUGUCAUGUUGAAGAAACGCAUCCAAUAUAUUGUCGACCUUUACCUGAACACUCCAGAUAAAAUGUGGUUUGAUACUCCAUUGCAUUUUGCCUGCAAGUUUGGGAAUUUGGAUGUGGUUAAUGUGCUUACCUCACACCCAGCCAUUGUAAAAAAUCCAAGAAACAAAUAUGAUCAAACUCCAGCAGAAGUAGUUUGUGAAAGAAGCAAGAACAAAUCUGCUGAAUUGAAAGAGAAGAUAAGAGAGUACUUGAAAGGUCGUUAUUAUGUCCCACUCCUGAGGGCAGAAGACAAUUCCUCAGCUCCGGUCAUUGGGGCUCCCUGGUCGCCCGACCAGACGGACGAUGGCCCCCAGAGAACUUGGCCGAAAUACCCUGGCAGCCCCAAAGACCCAGUGCUGUCCAUCAGGGCUUUUGCAGGCCCCAUGAGCCCCUCAAAGGCUGAAGAAUUUCGCAGGCUGUGGAAGACUCCACCUCGAGAGAGAGCUGGCUUCUUUCACAAUGUCAGAAAAUCUGAUCUGGAGAGAGGUGUUGAAAGAGUUGGAAGGGAGUUAGCUCAUGAACUGGGGUUCCCGUGGGUUGAAUACUGGGAAUUUCUGGGCUGUUUUGUUGAUCUGUCUUCCCAGGAGGGGCUGCGAAAAUUAGAAGAGUACCUGAGUCAUUGUGAAAUGAGCGAAAAGGCUCAGCCAGAAACAGGGGAAAAUGAAACCUGCAAUAGAUAUAAAACUCCACAUCCCUCUGGCAAAAGUAAAAAGUCCUGCAAUUCCAUUUCUGUUGGAGCAUUUUUGGAUGAGGAUGAUGAUGACAUGAGCUUAGAAGAAAUUAAAAACCGACAAAAUGCAGCACGAAAUAUCAGCCCCAUUCUGGUGUCCAAGGAGCCCAGCAUUGAUGCCAUUGGAGAUGCUGAGUGUGAUAUCCUGUGUGCAGGAAACAUCAUCGAGACCUCAGCUCACCCUCGGCACUACGAGAAGGGAGCUGCUGCCAGCAAAAAUGGGUUUUGCAGUCCUGUCUCCAGUGAAAGGAUCAUCAGUGACAGAAAGCAGCUGCAUGAUGGCUCAGAAUGCUUCAUGCCACCCAUUUCCAAUUUGAUGUCAGAAUUUGAAACCCUGUCAUUCCAAGAACAAGAGGUUGCAGGAGUAUCUCAUAAACUCACUGAAAAAACUGAGAAUGAGGGAAUUCUGGACAAGACUUGCUCUGCAGUGUCACUGGCAAGUUCUUCUGAGCCAAGUGUUACAGGAAAACAUGGAGAGACCACAUUAAGGACAGACUACAAAACGUUACUAGAAAAGGAGAGAGUGUCCAGAGAAUCUGGAAUUCAGACUAAGGAGGCACAACAACAUCGAGAACUGUCUUCCCAGAAGUUUCUUUCGAAGACUUCACCCACAAAUGACAAUUUAAAGUUAUUCCUUCUUGGGGAGCAGCCGUCGAAGCUGGAUGGUGAUGUCUUAGCAGCUAUAGAAGGAGCAGAGAUCGAUCCCCAGAAAUUCCCAAUGAUUUACAAAUGGAAACGUGCAGUGCAAUCCUAUUCCUCAUCUGACAGGCAAAGUUGGCCAAGUCCAGCGUUGAAGGCAAGAUUCCAGUCCCAAUCCAUCGCUGCUGGCCUUCCAAACGCUUCAGGGUAUCCCAGUUCAGGAAGAAACAGCCCCAUACCAGGAAGUCCAGGAAAACACGGCAGCGCUGCCUCGUUCCCUCCGGAGCCGGGGAGCCCUGGGCGCUACAGCCCCGCCUGUGUCCUGCGCUACUUUGCAGAGCCUCCUGCCCACUAAAUACAGCUCUUCAUCCCCGGACUUCAGUUCUGUUUUCAUUGUUAGAGUGGAGGAAGAACUACAAUGUUACUAAGGUGACAUGAGGUUUGUACUUGGCUAUUUAUUUUUCCUCAAUUGAGGACAACUGUAUGUUUAAAAAAUGGAAUAUAUGUCUUAAUGCCAUAUACAAGGUAGAUUAUUACUGGUGAUAAGCAAGAAGUUUGUGACAGUGCAGUUGUCCAGUAGCUGUAUUAACGCUUGUUGCCAGUACCACAGUGGGCUGAACUGUCCCUUAGCAAUGGUGGUAUUUGCUAUCACUACUUAUGCUCACUGUAAUGAACACACAGCCCUCAACUGCCUUUCUUGACCUUGGAUAGUCGAGGAAAUGCAUCAUCAGCAAACAGAAGGGAGAGGAGAUUGAUGGCAGGAAGUGAAACAUUCUCCUGCUUGCAGGGGGAAAAGCCUAAAACAUGCCUGGGAAUGCAAGGAGACCUUUGCAUUGUGGAGUAGGGAUGUGAAAGCCUGUGCAUACAGCAGAGAGUGUUUCCAGCCAGCUGGGCUGGGCAGUUGAUUCCCACACCCACCCUCACCUGUCUGUCCGUGUGUGUGCACAGCUCGAGUCUCUGCUUGUUCUGAGGCUGUUACAGACUGAGAUCUACUGAGUGCUUUAGAAAAAGUACACUGUAGAAACUAUUGGGGUUCCUUUAAGUGGUAGUGGGAAGAUUUAAGGAAAACUUAAAAAUUAGCUGGUUAUUUUUUCCCCAGAGAAGCUGUUAACAUUAGCAGAUAUGAAUAGUUAUUACACAAAAGCACAUCAGCAAUAAUCUCAGCAAAUUUACCAGCAAGAUACCUUACAUUAAUGGUCUAGUUUGUAAUAUAUUAGCAUGGUAGCCAGUGGCCCAGGAGGUGGCUAUUUCCCAGCUGUAAAGAGAGAGGACUGAGGACAAAAUAUUUUUAUGAAACCUGAGCUUUUACUGUGUCUCUAGUGUUGAUGUGGUAAUGAAAUGAGUUUUUGUUACAGCAGUCACUAAUUUUAUUCUGCAGCCUUCUGUAAGAAUGACUUGUUUUGACAGCAUGAUGCUGAGAAUAAGAAAGCUUUUUGAAACUCCAGAGAGUUCUCCCUAUCAAGCCUAGUGCUUGUAAUGUUGCGUGAAAGGCUUCCAGAAACAGCUCUCUAGGU